CGGCGAUAACCGAAGUUCAAAAUUAUAUUGUUUUGCUUUUUAGUCCCGUUCAAAAUGUCAGCGACGCGAUAUCGUCGUUUUCUUAAAUUAUGUGAAGAAUGGCCAAGAGAUCAAAGCAAAAAAGCACGGGAUCUGGGAACGUUUUUAAGACAGAGAGUAGCAGCGACUUUUCGAGAGGGAGAAUUUCAGACCCAGAAAAAUAUGACCGAAAGUCUGGCUCGGAUAAACACUAAUGUAUAAAGACAAAGAUUCCCACGAGUAAGAGACACAAGUUUUACAGGUGUAACUGUGGAAGAAUGUAGAGUUCUUCUUUCUGGAAGCAUGCAACAAAUUGAUGAAGAAAAGAAGGGUUUGUGGAAGAUGUUAAUGCAGAGAUUUUCUUCUAAACCGCCAGAAGACAGCCAAGAAAAAAAUCUAGAAAAACUAGUUUUUCAAUUAUAAUUACUGUAUGGAAAUAAAUCUGCUAUAUGGAAAUGGA